GAGAGGGAGGGUUUGGAUCUAGUGAAACUGCCCCCCCUCCCCGGUCUCUGCCCUGCCAGGAACGGUAUCUCCCCAACCACAACUCUGGCCACCUUGGACGCCAAGCUGCAGGCUGCCAAAGGGCAGUGCCAUGUGGACGUAGCCUUCUGGGGCGGAGUCGUCCCUGGGAACCAGGACGAGCUCCUGUCCAUGCUGCAGGCUGGCGUCCCCGGGUUCGCGUGCUCCCUGAUUGCCAGCGGCGUGAAGGAAUUCCCCCACGUCUGCCCCCAAGAUCUGCACGUGGUGAUGAACGAGCUGCAGGGCACAGACUGUGUCCUCUUGUUCCACGCAGAGCAAGACCUGGGCCACUGGAACCCAGCGCGAGAGGACCCCACAGAGUACGGGGCGUUCCUGGACUCCCGCCCCGACGCCAUGGAAACGGAGGCUGUCCAGACCGUGGCUGCCCUCUGCCUCCAGUACACGGUGCCCUGCCACAUCCUCCACCUCUCCUCCGCCCGAGCCCUGCCCGUCAUCAGGGAGGCUGGCCAGAAGGGGGCGCCGCUCACCGCAGAGACUGCCCACGAGGCUGUCAAAGCUGCACUAACCAAGGCCUCCCCCGCUCCACGGGAGUGCUGGAGCCCAUCCAGCACCCAGGGCAGCCCCUGGGACGUCCGCAGGGCUCACCACUGCCCUGUCUCACGGGGGCAUCGGGGCAGCUGGCCAGGCCAGGCACUUCCCAGCCCUGCAGGCCAGGUAACUGCUCCCUUUCUCCUGCUCCAGGAGCAGCUCUGGUGUGCCCUGCAGGAGGGGCUGAUCGAUGCCGUCGUCUCGGCCCAUAGCCCCUGCUCGCCAGACCUCAAACUCGGGGAGGACGGAGACUUCCUCAGGGCCCAGGGAGGCAUUGCCUCACUGCAGUUUGGGCUCCCGCUGUUCUGGACCUCAGCAAAAGCCAGGGGAUUCUCCCUCCACGACGUGGUGCAACUGAUGUGCACCAACCCGGCCCGCCUGAGCAGACUGGCUGAGCGCAAGGGGGCGCUGUGCCCAGGGAUGGAUGCCGACUUGGUGAUCUGGGAUCCCGACAAGGAGUUUGAGGUGAAGAAACACAUGAUUCAACAUGAAAACCAGCUGAGCCCGUACCUCGGCUUCCAGCUGCGCGGGGAGGUUCUUGCCACACUCGUGCGAGGCAGGCUGGUUUAUCUGAGAGGGAAGCUCGCACCCAAGCCAGAAGGGAACCUGCUUGUAACUCAGAGGAAGCUGCUCGAGAGAGUCUCCUCGCCCUACUACUGACGGGGGAUGCAGGAGAGAAGGAGGCCAGGGGACCAGCCAAACACCUGACUUGGAAAGGGAAGAGAGUUGCAUGGGGCGGGGGAGGGGAGUCACCGAGGGCAUGCCCCCCUUUCUGGCCCACGCCCAUCCGCUCGCACUGGCAGGUCUCCGAGAGGGAGAGAGAAGUGAGACCAGGGAGCAGAAAAUUCCUCUCCUCUCGCUGCCUUGUGCUGAGCCCCACACCCAAUUUACAGCCCUAAGCAGGCGUCUGGCUGGGAGUUUGACAUACGCCUCCGGAGCCUGGGCACCCAGCUCAGCUGGAUUUGGGCGCCUGAUUCCCCAGGCUCCUGUGCAGGUCCCAGCGUUGCUGUCGCAAUGGCCGAUGGGAACAGACUGUGCUCUGCCUACGUCAGUGACCAGCUCUCCCCUGGAGCUGUGCAGGGCUCAGAAGUGUGUUUCUGGCGCGCUGGGUGGCACUGGAUGU